UUGGGAUAAGUCUUCAUCCACUACGCUACGCUGAUCCAAAAAAGGAACCCAGUGAAGCCCAGCCCCCAAUUUUACUCUUCACUUGCUCACCAUGGCCAUGCCCACCACAGCCUCUGCUACCCUUUCUUCCCUCUCCUCUCUCUCUCUCCACUCCAUCCGACGCCUCUCUCUCCUCCCCACCACCACCACCACCACCAUCAAAGCCUUCUCUUUCCUUCCUUCUCUAUCCUCAUCCUCUUCGCGCCCCACCAUCAUCUUGAGAGCCAGGCCCUCCGACAUUGACACUUCCUUCUUCGACAACGUCGACCCCGAGGAAGAUGUAGCUUUUGAUCCUCCAGAAAUCCCCGAAGGCUUUGUUUCUCCGCCCUCCUUCGACGAGGGCCCCAUGGAAACCGAAGACGAAAUUGCCGCCGCAUACGAAGAGCUCUACGGUCCGGCCUACAGCGGCGUUAGCGUUCUGGGAAACGACAUUUACGUGAUGGAUUCCAAGGUGAAGAAAACAGGUGGGUUUGGUUCAAAAGUCAAGAAAGAGAAAGUGAGAGAUGGAUUUGAGGAGAGGGUGGUUCAGGUGAGAAGGGUCACCAAAGUGGUCAAAGGAGGGAAGCAAUUGCAUUUCCGGGCUAUUGUUGUGGUGGGUGACAAGCAAGGCCAAGUGGGUGUUGGGGUUGGCAAGGCCAAGGAGGUUAUCGCCGCCGUCCAGAAGUCGGCUGUGAAUGCCAGGCGCAAUAUCAUCACCGUUCCCAUGACCAAGUAUUUGACUUUCCCCCAUAGAUCUGAAGGAGAUUAUGGAGCCGCAAAGGUAAUGCUUAGACCUGCUUCUCCUGGAACUGGAGUGAUUGCUGGAGGGGCUGUGAGAAUUGUUCUCGAAAUGGCAGGCGUUGAGAAUGCUUUGGGAAAGCAACUGGGGAGUAAGAAUGCUCUCAAUAAUGCCAGAGCCACAGUUGUUGCAGUCCAACAAAUGAGGCAGUUCCGUGAUGUUGCUCGUGAGCGUGGGAUUCCAAUGGAAGAGCUAUGGAAGUAAUGGAACUAGCAAAGCCAUUAUACCAUGUAGAUUUUAUACAUCUGAAUCCUUGUAAGUUGUAAUUGAGUGCCUCUUUUCUUGGCAGGGAACUAAAACGUAGGUCCACCUUUAGCAUGAAUAUUUGUAAGCAUUCACCAUCCUGCAAAUUUUAUUAUUAUUUUUAUUUCCUGAUUGGAAAGUGGAUGCAUUUAAACCCGGCUUAGCCUGUUGGCAAAUGAAUGAAUCGGCAGUCUCAUUGCCAUUCAACC